CCAGGCUGGCUGCAGAGGUAAAAGCUCCUGGACCUAGGAUGGAGCAGGAUCUGAGGAGCAUCCCGGCCUCGAAGCUUGAUAAGUUCAUAGAGAAUCAUCUUCCGGACACCAGCUUCUGUGCUGACCUCAGAGAAACCAUAGAUGCCCUGUGUGCUCUCCUGAAGGACAGAUCCUUCCAGGGCCCCGUCCGCCGAAUGAGGGCCUCUAAGGGGGUGAAGGGCAAAUGCACUGCACUCAAGGGCAGGUCAGACGCUGACCUGGUGGUGUUUCUUAACAAUCUCACCUACUUUGAGGAUCGGUUAAACCAACAGGGAGUGUUGAUUAAGGAAAUUAAGAAACAGCUGUGCGAGAUUCAGCAUGAGAGACGUUUUGGAGUGAAGUUUGAGGUCCACAGUUUAAGGAGUCCUAACUCCCGGGCUCUGAGCUUCAAGCUGAGUGCCCCCGACCUGCUGAAGGAGGUGAAGUUUGAUGUGCUGCCAGCUUAUGAUUUACUGGAUCAUCUUAACAUCCUCAAGAAGCCUAACCAACAAUUCUACGCCAAUCUCAUCAGUGGGCAUAUCCCGCCGGGGAAGGAGGGCGAGUUAUCCUCCUGCUUUAUGGGGCUUCGGAAGUACUUCCUGAACUGUCGUCCAACCAAGCUGAAGCGCCUCAUCCGCCUGGUCACGCACUGGUACCAACUGUGUAAGGAGAAGCUGGGGGACCCGCUGCCCCCACAGUACGCCCUGGAGCUGCUCACAGUCUAUGCCUGGGAGCAUGGGAGUCGAGUAACUAAAUUCAACACAGCCCAGGGCUUCCGAACCGUCUUGGAACUGGUUACCAAGUACAAACAGCUUCGAAUCUACUGGACAGUGUAUUAUGACUUUCGACAUCAAGAGGUCUCUGAAUACCUGCGCCAACAGCUCAAAAAAGACAGGCCUGUGAUCUUGGACCCCGCUGACCCAACAAGGAACAUAGCCGGUUUGAACCCAAAGGACUGGCGGCGUCUAGCAGGAGAGGCUGCUGCCUGGCUGCAAUACCCAUGCUUUAAGUACAGGGACGGUUCCCCUGUGUGCUCCUGGGAGGUGCCGACGGAGGUUGGAGUGCCAACGAAGUAUCUCUUUUGUCGUAUUUUCUGGUUAUUGUUUUGGGCUUUGUUUCAUUUCAUUUUUGGUAAGACUUCAUCUGGAUAGCCCAGAGUGGCUUGGAUAUUGCCAUCCUCCUGCCUUAGCGCUGGCAUGACUGCAGCGUAGGCCUGUUAUGCCUUGCCUCCCCUCCAUCCUCAAGUGGACAAGAACUGGGCAUGUGUUUUCCUGUGAGCCCAGUGGGACCUGUCCAUGAGGCUCCAGAGUCAGGGGCAUGUCCUGCUCUGCUUCAGGGCCUUGACCCAGAGAAGACAGGAAGGUGCCCAAAGCCCAAGAGAGGGAGGUUCCAACCUGUGAUCAGACUCCAGGCUUCUGUCCCCUGCCCUCAACCCCUGCACAGACAGCCUUUCUCACAGCCUGCUUUAUCUGUCUUGUCCCCCAGCAGUGUUCUCUGAGAGACAAGAGAUUCAGGAGGAGAAUAUGGUGGUUUGUAUAUGGUUGGCCCAGGGAAUGGCACUGUUAGGAGGUGUGGCCAUGUUGGAGUGAGUGUGGCCUUGUGGGUGUGGGCUUUCUCUUGUCUUAGCUGCCUGGAAGUCAGUAUUCUGCUAGCAGCCUUCAGAUGAAGAUGUAGAACUCUCAGCUCCUCCUGCACCAUGCCUGCCUGGACGUUGCCAUGCUCUCGCCUUGGUGAUAAUGGACUGAACCUCUGAACCUGUAAGCCAGCCCCAAUUAAAUGUUGUUUUUAUAAAAAUUGCCUUGGUCAUGGUGUCUG